AACGUCGUCACAGUGAGCGGAGCUGUAACUGCGGUCAGUUCGGUGCUGCAGCGCUGAUAAAGCCGGACUGUGUUUCUCAGCGAAGCCGCUUAAAGCCUCUUCAUCUCUCCUUCAUCGCUCACAGCGCUCGGAGUCUGUCUGAGGACUGAAAUCAGGAGCGUUAAACUGGACCGGAGCGGAGCUUCAGCAGCUGCAGUUCGUCUCUGAGACAGUGAUGGCGCUGCAUCCGGCCAAGAGAGAGGCGCUGGUGGCGUGGGUGAACAGUCUGGACCUGGGCGAACGUGUGGAGAGAUUCGCUGACCUGCAGGAUGGCCGGCUGCUCCUAAAACUCACCUAUAAACUGAAGGGGGAGGAGCCCAGCCAGGCUCCUGUAGACCUGCCCCAAGAACAGAGAUGGUCCAUCGUCUCUGAUUUCCUCCACGGCGUCUGUCAGGAACAGCUUGUUCUUCCCUCAGGAGAACCCACCUCCAACAGAGAACAGCUGGAGCUCCAGCUCGCCAAGGUGGUUCUGCUGCUGUGCUACAUCGGUCUAAUUAACAACAAGCUGGUGCCUAAAGCUGAGUUUGAGACGGAACUGCAGAUGGCAUCAAUGUUACGUCAUGUCCAGCAAGGGGAGAAUGGCUUCUCUCUGUCUGAGGGUCUAGAUAAACUUCUCACUGUCAGCCCGCUGAUACACACCUCCUCCAGCAGCAGUGUAUCAUCUUACAGUGACGAAGGAUCACCGUUUUUUACCCGAUCUCGUUCUCCACUUGUUUCCUUCCUGGAGCUCAACACUGUGGCCUCCAGCUCUUUUGUUGGCUCUCCAAUCCAGGAGAUCAUAAACACACCGCAGGUCCAGCUGAGGAGGCUUCGGAAGGAGCUGGCGCGCGAGGGUGACGUGAGGGACGAGCUGGAGCGAGAGCUUUCCGAGCACAUCUCUACCAUCUCUGAGAAGGAGGGUCAGAUCUCUCAGCUCCAGCACAGACUCCAGCGCUUGCUGAGGGACCAGGAGGAGCUUGAGAAGGAGCAUAAAUCUGCGCUGCUGGAGCUGCAGCAGAGGAAUGAAGGGGUCCUCAAAAGAGUUCAUGAGGUCCUAAAGCAGUGCCAAGAUCUAAAAACGGACAACACCCAAAAAGAUAGAAGAAUUGAUGAGCUGAUGGAAGAGAAUGGAACGCUGGCUGCACAGGUACGAAAUGCUUUUGCCCAGCUGGCACGGGCUGAAGAGGAGGUCUCCAAACUAACAGUGGCCCAUGAGUUGUCCCAAGCAGAGUGGGGGAGCAGAAGAGACUCCCUGCAGGAAGAGCUGAGCCAGGCCAUCACAGACAGGGAAUGCCUUAGUGAACAGAUUCAGAUCUUACAAGGCAAGAUCUCAGUUUUAGAGGAUGAGCUCUCCAAAGUGUCAGUACAACUCCAAGAAAAAGGUGAAGUUCUGGGGCCUGUUAUGGAGAGGGAGAAACUGAAGCAGGAACUGGCAGACUUGUCAUUAAAACUGUCCCAACUCGAAGAAACCAUUUCCCGCCUCCAGAAAGAAAAGAUAGAUGUUGAGGUGAUGUUGUCAGAAGAGAGAAGCUCUUUUGAAAGGGAAACCUUGCGAUUGCAGGGAUUGAUUUCAGAUCUUCAACAGGCAAUAAACAGCAUUCGGGCAGAGAGGGAGGCCCAGGAACAGACAGCAAGGGAAAAGCAAGAACUUCUUAUUGCCCAAAUAGCAGCUUUAGAAACUGAUCUUAACCGUCUCCAACAGCUGGAAGUCCAGCUAACAGCAGAGAUUGCCAUCUCUGCAGAACUUCGCAAGCAGCGAGUGGAGCUAGAGGCAAAAGUAGCCUCCUUGGAGGACACUGUCAAUAUGCUACGAUCCAAGUGCCAAUGCAUGGAAGUAGAGAGUGAAGCACAGCAGGAGACUCUCAAUGUUCUCAGGGCUGACCUGCAGAAAGCUCAAGCCUCCCUAGUGGAAUAUGAAGAAAAGCUUGCAGACCAUCAAAGAGUGGUAGAUGAAAACACUAAUCUCCGUGCCAGAAUCUCUGCUUUGGACAACACUGUUGCACUUCUGCAAAAUGAGAUUGAUACAGAGAGAAAAAGAGGAGAUGAGGUUCUUGCAGCAAAAGAGCAGCAGAAAUCUCUAAUGGAGGAAAAGUUCCAAAAACAAGAGGAAAGGGCUCAUGAAAUGUUUAUAGAACUAGAGACUCUGAGUCAGGAACUCCGCAAGACGAAGCAGCAGAAACUCCAUGCUGAAUCAUGUAUAGAAAAGCUUACAGAAGAGGGACGAGUACUUGCAGCCAGUCUCACAGAAGAACGAGAUCAGGCCCAGUUACAACUGGUGGUAGUAAGGAAAGCCAAAGAUGAAGCUGAGUUGGAACUACAGCGUAUCAUUGCUGAGCAUCACAGUAAAAUAUGUCAGUUAAAGACUGACAUGAAGAGCAUCCAAGAUGGGCACCAGAAAGAACUAGAGGCUUUGCAGACAGAGAAAGAGCAGAUCUUCUCAGUCAACCAGUCUCUUCAGAUGGAGUGCCAGAGCUUGCAGACAGAGAUUACGAAGCAACAGGAGGCACUCUGUGUGCUCAAGGCUGACCUGCAGAGCUCCCAAGAUGGAUACCAGCAACAUUUAGAGAUGUUGAAAAAUCAGGAAGAGCAACUCUCUUCAGUCAACCAAUCCCUCCAAACUGAGUGCCGGAACUUGCAGGCAGAGAUCAAGGGCCGACAGGAUAUUGUGAAUACUUUGACAGCUGACUUGCAGAACACACAGAAAAGGCACCAGAAAGAUCUGGAGACAUUUAUGAAGGAGAAAGACCAUUUGUCCUCUGUCAACCAGUCCCUCCAGAAUGAGUGCCAGAGCCUGCAGGUAGAGAUCAAGGAGCAACGGGAAGAACUAAAUGUGCUCAAGGCUGACCUGCAGAACACCAAAGAAGGGCACAAGAAAGAUUUGGAGAUCUUGAUCAGUGAGAAGGACCAUCUGUCCUCAGCCAACCAGUCCCUCCAAAUUGAGUGCCAGAGCCUGCAGGUAGAGAUCAAGGAGCAACGGGAAGAACUAAAUGUGCUCAAGGCUGACCUGCAGAACACCAAAGAAGGGCACAAGAAAGAUUUGGAGAUCUUGAUCAAUGAGAAGGACCAUCUGUCCUCAGCCAACCAGUCCCUCCAAAUUGAGUGCCAGAGCCUGCAGGUAGAGAUCAAGGAGCAACGGGAAGAACUAAAUAUGCUCAAGGCUGACCUGCAGAAGACCCAGGAAGGGCACAAGAAAGAAUUAGAGAUCUUGAUCAAUGAGAAGGAGCAUUUCUCAUCUGUCAACCAGUCCCUCCAGAAUGAGUGCCAGAGCUUGCAGGCAGACAUCAAGGGGCAACAGGAGGCUCUAAAUACCCUGAAGACUGAUCUGCAAAACACCCAAGAAGGGCACAAGAAAGAAUUGGAGAUCUUGAUCAGUGAGAAGGAGCAUCUGUCCUCUGUCAACCAGUCCCUCCAAAUUGAGUGCCAGAGCCAGCAGGCAGAGAUCAAGGGGCAACGGGAAGAACUAAAUGUGCUCAAGGCUGACCUGCAGAACACCAAAGAAGGGCACAAGAAAGAUUUGGAGAUCUUGAUCAGUGAGAAGGAGCAUCUGUCCUCAGCCAACCAGUCCCUCCAAAUUGAAUGCCAGAACUUGCAGGCAGAGAUCAAGGGGAAACAGGAGGCUCUAAAUACCCUGAAGACUGAUCUGCAAAACACCCAAGAAGGGCACAAGAAAGAAUUGGAGAUCUUGAUCAGUGAGAAGGAGCAUCUGUCCUCAGUCAACCAGUCACUCCAAAUUGAGUGCCAGAACUUGCAGGCAGACAUCAAGGGGCAACAGGAGGCUCUAAAUACCCUGAAGGCUGACCUGCAGAACACGAAAGAAGGGCACAAGAAAGAUUUGGAGGCACUCAUGAAGGAGAAGGACCAUCUGUCCUCUGUCAACCAGUCGCUCCAGAAUGAGUGCCAGAGCCAGCAGGCAGAGAUCAAGGGGCAACGGGAAGAACUAAAUGUGCUCAAGGCUGACCUGCAGAACACCAAAGAAGGGCACAAGAAAGAAUUGGAGAUCUUGAUCAGUGAGAAGGAGCAUCUGUCCUCAGCCAACCAGUCCCUCCAAAUUGAAUGCCAGAACUUGCAGGCAGAGAUCAAGGGGAAACAGGAGGCUCUAAAUACCCUGAAGACUGAUCUGCAAAACACCCAAGAAGGGCACAAGAAAGAUUUGGAGACAUUCAUGAAGGAGAAAGACCAUCUGUCCUCUGUCAACCAGUCGCUCCAGAAUGAGUGCCAGAGCCUGCAGGUAGAGAUCAAGGAGCAACGGGAAGAACUAAAUGUGCUCAAGGCUGACCUGCAGAACACGAAAGAAGGGCACAAGAAAGAAUUGGAGAUCUUGAUCAGUGAGGAGUGUUUGUCCUCAGUCAACCAGUCCCUCCAGAGUGAGUGCCAGAGCUUGCAAGCAGACAUCAAACGGCAACAGGAGGAACUAAAUGUGCUCAAGGCUGACCUGCAGAGCACCCAAGAUGGGUACCAACAGGAGUUGGAUACCUGGAAGAAGGAAAAGGAGCAUCUUUCUUCAGUCAACCAGGCUCUUCAGAGUGAGUGUCAGAAUUUGCAGGCAGAGAACAAAGGUCAGCAGGAGAUUCUGAAAACCCUAAGAGCUGACCUGCAGAACACCCAAAAUGUGUACCAGCAAGAGUUGGAUACCUUGCAGAACGAACAGAAGCAUCUCUUUUCAGUCAACCAGGCUCUUCAGAGUGAGUGCCACAGCUUGCAAGAAGAGAUCAAGGGGCUACAGAAAACCCUGGAUAGGUAUCAAAAAGAUGUGAAAACUUUGCAGAAUGAAAAGGAGCAUCUCUCUUCAGUCAACCAGUCUGCCCAAAGUGAUUGCCAGAACUUGCAGGCAGAGAUCAAGGGGCAACAGAACACACUGGAUAGGUAUAAAAAAGAUGUGGAAACUUUGCAGAAUGAAAAGGAGCAUCUCUCUUCAGUCAACCAGUCUGUCCAGAAUGAGUGCCUGAGCUUGAGGGCAGAGAAUAAGGGUCAGCACGAGACUCUGAAAAGCCUAAAAGCUGACCUGGAGAACACUCAAAAUGGGUACCAGCAAAAGUUGGAGACCUUGCAAAAGGAGCAGGAGCAUCUCUCUUCGGUCAACCAUUCUCUCCAGAGAGACUGCCAGAGCUUGCAGGCAGAGAUCAAGGAGCUACAGGACACCCAAGAUAGAUAUCUAAAAGCUGUGGAAUCCUUGCAGAAGGAGAAGGAGCAACUCUCUUCAGUCAACCAGUCUGUCCAGAGUGAAUGUCAAAGCUUACAGGCAGAGAGCAAAGGGCAACAGGAGGAACUAAAUGUGCUCAAGGCCGACCUGCAGAACACACAAGAUGAAUACCAACGAGAGUUGGAGACCUUUAAGAAGGAAAAGGAGCAUCUUUCUUCAGUCAACCAGUCUCUCCAGAGUGAGUGCCAGAGCUUGCAGACAGAGAUCAAGAAGCUCCAAAAAACCCAGGAGGACAUGGAAACCUUGCAGAAGGAAAUGGAGCAACUCUCUUCAGUCAACCAGUCUGUCCAGAGUGAAUGUCAAAGCUUACAGGCAGAGAGCAAAGGGCAACAGGAGGAACUAAAUGUGCUCAAGGCCGACCUGCAGAACACACAAGAUGAAUACCAACGAGAGUUGGAGACCUUUAAGAAGGAAAAGGAGCAUCUUUCUUCAGUCAACCAGUCUCUCCAGAGUGAGUGCCAGAGCUUGCAGACAGAGAUCAAGAAGCUCCAAAAAACCCAGGAGGACAUGGAAACCUUGCAGAAGGAAAUGGAGCAACUCUCUUCAGUCAACCAGUCUGUCCAGAGUGAAUGUCAAAGCUUACAGGCAGAGAGCAAAGGGCAACAGGAGGAACUAAAUGUGCUCAAGGCCGACCUGCAGAACACACAAGAUGAAUACCAACGAGAGUUGGAGACCUUUAAGAAGGAAAAGGAGCAUCUUUCUUCAGUCAACCAGUCUCUCCAGAGUGAGUGCCAGAGCUUGCAGACUGAGAUCAAGGGGCAACAAGAUGCUCUGAAUACUCUGAAGGCUGACUUACAGAACACUCAAAAAAGGCACCAAAAAGAUUUGGAGACCUUCAUAAAGGAGAAAGACCAUUUGUCCUCAGUAAACCAGUCCCUCCAGAAUGAGUCCCAGAGUUUGCAAGCAGAGAUUAGAGGGCAACAAGAGCAGCUAAAUGUGUUUAAGGCUGACCUGCAGAACACCCAAGAUGGGUAUCAACAGGAGCUGGAGGCUUUGAAGAAGGAGAAGGAGAAUCUCUGCUUAGUCAAUCAGUCUCUUCAGAGUGAGUGUCAGAUCUUGCAGGUAGAGAUGAAGGGACAACAGGAGGCUCUGAAUAUUGUAAAGGCUGACAUGCAGAAAACUCUUGAUCAGUAUAAAAAGGAACAAGAGGCCUAUCAGAAGGACAAAGAACAUCUCUCAGUGAACCAGUCUCUUCAGAGAGAGUGUGAUGCCUCUCAAAGAUUGGGAGCAGAGUUGGAGUUGAAGCUACGUGAGCAGAAGGAAUCAAUCCUUGCCCUGAAGGAGGCUGCCCAACAAAGAGAGAGGCAGAGCCAAGAACUACAGGAGCAGCUGAAGCUGAAGACUGAAGCAGUGGAGCACUACAAAGAGCAGGUGGAGAAAGCGAAAAUGCACUACAACGGUAAAAAGCAACUGCUGGUGGAGGAACAGGAGGCGCGGCAGGCUUUGCAGGUUUCUCUUGAGACCGCUGUGAGUGAGGUGAAGGCCCUGAAGGCUGAACUGAAACUGUCCUCUAUGGAGCUGGAGAAAACAAAGAUGUCUGAGAAGAAUUUAUUGGUCAAGGUCCAGAGCCUGGAGACCCAGAUGGACUAUGCAGAUCGUCAGUUAAGAGAACAAAGGAAGCAGGCAGGUCAGGGUGCUCAGGUGAAACACAGAGAAAGUCUUUACCUGAAAGUCCCAGCAGAGGUGCAGAACACCAGCACUGACAGCCUGGAACUCGAUCUGGAGGAUUCUCUCAAUGUUGGAGGUAAGCCAGCAGUGCCAGGUGAAUCCAGCACUCCAUUGGUCCGCAGUUCUGAGCGACUGGCUUCAAAGCGACGUGCCCAGGAAAGAGGCUCUCUGGAGACUCUCUACUUCACUCCCAUGAAUCCACGGAGCAAGAGCCAUGAUGCUGCCAACCACCAAAACAAACUGGAAAGCAGCAUCACAUCUCUGGGUGACCUCACUCUUGACUCCACUAAGAAGCUGACUUCUUCUGUCCGAAGACGUCGCACCACCCAGGUCAUUAACAUCACCAUGACGAAGAAAACCCCUGGUGGUGCUGGUGGAGAAGCAGAAGAGUCCUUCUACAGCCUGCACACCACACAGUCCCAACCUAACCUAGCAUCCCAAAAAACCCGCCCCGUUUCCAUGGAGAUCUUCGAGGAGCCGGGUGCAGCGAACUCCAGCGACAAACUUCUUGGCUUGCCCGGAUACCGCCGAAGCAACGUGCACGGAAAUGCUCCUCCACGGGCCCCGAGCACGUUCUGUGUGGGAGCAGAGUAUGAGCCGGAACAUGUUGCUGAUGAUUGGAUGCGUAUCGCGGAGCUCCAGUCACGGAACAAAGCCUGUUUACCGCACUUGAAGAGCAGCUACCCUCUGGAGUCCAGGCCCAGUCUGGGAUUCUCCACUCUUCCGAUAACUGAUGAGGAUGUCCGUUUUGGAGAUCCAGAAGAGACGAUCCGGCGUGCCUCCAUGGUCCCGAGUCAGCUUUCUGAAUCUCUUUCAUCCCACCGACUGUCCCUGGCUCCACCCCCAGCUAGCAGAGACCAUGCCUCCUCUCAGCCACAACGUUACAGCAUGCUGCCGGGUCAGAUUAGUGCAGGAACCGCGGUUCAUCGUUCAUCUCAGGUCUCCAGAGCUUCCACCAAAAUCCACGAGGUCCGCUCAGUCCGAAGCCCGCUGGCCCCCAAACGGCCUGCCGGUCACCUUCAGGACCAGGACACCCCCGAGGCUAAGAAACUGGCGAGUUGUUUUCCGCGGCCGGCAACUCCUAAAAACAGGAACCUUCGAUCUGCAGCCAGCAGCUCUCAGAACAGACCGCCUUCUCCUGCUGACCGCAGACAGUCAAUGGCAUUCGUAAUCGAUAACACCCCGAAGAAAUCCGGCCGAGUGGACAGCAGGCUGCAGCGCGGCAUCAACAAACUCCGCAACAGUGCCCGCAAGUCCCCCGCCGCCACCACCCGUCUGGGCCGGGCCGCUCCACUGGACCGACCGCAGAGGAAAUCCCCGCGAAAUCUCACCGCCAAAUCGCCAAAGAUCCCCACGAGCGCCAAGAAGCUGAUGAAGUUCAGGAUAUUGUGAGAGGCAGUCCUUCAGCUCAACACUUAAAUUUCUUUACAGUGGUGGUGAUAGGAACCAGGGGUCGCCAUGACAACACAAAUAUAGACAUUUUAUUUACUAUCCAAAACCACCAGUGAACCUACACGAGUCUUCUGAGUUUAUAUGGAAUGUUGAUGAUGAAAAAUAGUGGAAAAUCUGAAAUAAUAAGUUUUCUUUGGGGACUGUUUUGCCUCACAGCGCCCUGCAUGUAUCCUUCCACCAUGAGUGGAUUGAAUGUAUUGAUGAGUGAGUAUAAAGGUUGUAGAGCAGUGCUUCUCAACUCUGGUCCUGGAGGCCCAUUGUCCACGUUUUAGUGCUUCUCCUGCUUUAACACACCCACUUUACCUCAGUAAUGGGCUGUUAAUCACUUGGACCAGGUGUGCUGGGAGCAGGGAAAACACGACAAAGUGCAGGACAGUGGGCCUCCAGGACCAGGGUUGAGAAACACUGUUCCAGAGCAUGUAAAGGCUUUUCUCUAGAACCGUACGCCCAUGCCAAGAACCAUUCAGGAGCUUAUUCGGUCACUGAUUCGUACAGCUCAAUUAUAAUUGUAUUUAUGGAUAAUUUUUAUAUGUGUAACCGCUCAUAGUACUUUAUGGAUAUAGAUUAAAUAAUACAGGUUAUUUUUGUUUGGAUCUUAUCAUCUCGCUUUAAUUGCGAGUAUAUCUGGGUCUCUAAAUGCAGAUUAAUCAAAGUUAAGGGUAACCCUCAGUAAUGAUGGGUUAAAAAGCUCAUUUAAAAGGUCUUUUAGGGCUUCAGUCUCACAUUGUGAAUGUGAGCGAUUUGUUUGAAGUUUUCAUUUUCUUUUGACUACAUUUACUUCCUUUUCUCUGUUGUUUGUCUCUUUUUGUCUGUUGUAAAUAAACAGUACCUGCUUUAA